AUGGUAAGUUUUUUACCGCAUUUGGUGGUACUUCUUUGAUAUUUUAUACUGUCAAAAGAGGACUUAAUAUUUAACUUACUCUUUAAACUGCUGAGCAGCAGAAAUGUACGUUUGAAGUCUAGUUAAAUGCUGUCAUUUGUAAGUCAGAUGAAUGCAUUUAAGCUCAACAGUUUUUCUGAGUGUUAAAAUACACUAUGCUUACUUCUCAGCGAUGCUGCGUGCUUGAAAACUUUGUUCUUAUUGUGUUAAAAUAACUUUGGCCCGGUCCAUAGGUCAUACUUCUGCCUUACUAAACUUAAUUCUUGAACAAAGUUCUGACAAGCAAAAGCAUGAUGUCUGAACGCAGGGAUCCCACACAACCUGUUUGUGUAUUUUAUAUAUCUACUAACACUCACGAAUUAUAACUCUCAUGCCUGUGGAAAAAAGAUGCGGAUCUCAGGCAUCAAGGACAAUUUCUCAUGCCUCACUCUCAAAUCUGGAUGAAUAGCAUAGGAUUAAUGAUGAAAAUCGACUCCAUUCCCUUUAAGAUAUUCCAAAAAGGUGCUUAAUGUUGGCCCUGUUGACUUUGUUCCCUAAUAGUAUCACAGUAUGCUAAAAUUGUUGCCUUCAUAAGGGCUUCAGAAAUGCUCAAAACUCUAGACUGUUCACAGUCCCCUAUUUUUCUAAGAUCAUUGCGCGCUUUGCAUUAAGGGCAGCCAUCUUGGAUGAGUGUCAAAACUAAUACGCUCAAUUUUGACGAUCUUACGAAAAAGUAGGGGAAUGUGAACAGUCUAUCAAAACUUGUGAGGAUGUCUUUGUUCAGAAUGUUAUGACUCAACCAUUUGAUCUUCUAGUCAGAAUUAGUGGUUUCCUCAUGUUACAUGGUAUCAGUGGGGUAUAUCCGUAGUAAGUGGAUAGUAAAAAUAGGAUUUAGUAAGUUAAAACAUGUGUAUCUAAAAUAUAGUGAUUGCAGUAUAAUUAAUUUUGUAGCAUGCUAUAUGGGGGUCAGUUGGUGUUUUGUAAGCGGUAUGUUUACAGUAGCAACAUGUUGGCUACUGUCUGCCAGGAUACUAAGGUUGAAAAUCAAGUGUCUAAUAUCUGAAAAGUUACCCAGUGCUCUUCAUCCAUUUAUAUCUGAUCCUGACGAUUUACUCUGCAGACAGACAGAUACAACAUUCACAGUCAACUGGAACAUCGUAAGUUCACUAACAGUCAAUAAUAAAUUCAUUUUUAACUUAAACUCUCUGUAGACUAACCUCUCUGGGAUACCUCAGGUUAUGCUCUCUUCAUGUUCUUCUUUUCAUGGCUCAAAUUUUACUGUUUAGUCCACUAGCAAAGUUUGUGCAAGCCAUUUUUUUUGGCUGGAAAAGCAGUAACUUCAGCAGCUACCUUUUGUCCCUGCGGUUGAGGGUGUCGCAGAAAAGCAAGAUUAUAAUAUACCUUGAAACAAAACCCUGAAAAAGUUGCACACAAAACAUCUCUCACCCAGUAGAGUACAAAUGUGCAGAAAAAAUUUGCAUAGGUUUGAUGUCUAGUUAAUGCUAUGAAACCAACCUCAUUUCCUCAUGGUGUUCAAUGUAUGCAUACAAGAACACUUUCAUUUCACUCUCAAAUUUUUGCAAGAACAGAAUUUUUCAAGAACACUUUCAUUUCACUCUCAAUUUUUUACAGGAGAAAUGUUUGCUUGCAAAAAUGUUUGCUAGAGGACAUUUGCUACUUUCAAAAACCAACUAUAUUUUGUGAGUUUUUAAUUGCUGAAAAUCUUGUUUUUAUUAGUUUGUUUGUGUGUACUACUGUAGCAAACUUAUUUUUCUCUUUCAUCAUAGUUCAGUCAAAGUAUGUUGGAACUGGGCACUCAGACACAACAAAAUUGUAAGUGAAUGAAGUUACCUUUAAUCUCGUCACUGAAAUGCAACCAUGCAAAGAUGGCAACUUUCAAAAUUGAUUGUACAUAGCAUUUGAGUUGUUUGUUAUUGUUCAGAACAUGAUUGUUUUAGUGGGUUGAAAAUCACUGUGCUGCUUCACCCUUUCAAGUAUUUUUUCAAUGUGGGAAACCAAAUGCAUAUGUAGAUAUAUAUGUCAUUUCCUUGAUGUGGUGGAAGGAGGUUGUGCCAAGUGGGAUGUUUGUUAAAACUCACUUUGGAAACAAAGUUCUACUACAAUCUAUAGGAGACAUUGUUGUUUAGAAACGUUGUUUUGGUUUUUCAAAUAUGUGUUGUGGUUCAAUUUUUUUCUUGGUUUAAAUUUUAUUUCCCUUUGUUUUUGGGUAUGGUAAUGUAUGAUAAUGAGUUUGAAACAAAGGAAAAUAAAAUUUAAACCAAGGAUAAAAUUGAACCACAACAUAAUUAUGUAAUGAGUAAAACAAAGGAAUCUUUUGUUACAAGAACCAAUGUGCUUCUGUUGGCACAUUAAUAUUAAUAGGUAACGUCAUAGUGAGUAUUGAUGAAAUUCUAUGGGAGGAUUUGAUAUCUUAAGCUUAGAUCUCCGCAGUAGAAUAACACCAACAUCCACAGGAUAGUCCCGUCUCUAGCUAAUGUGUUUUUUGUUUGUUUGUGUCUUUUAGUGAGUGGCUAGUCAAUCAACACAGAGACAGUGCAGCAUCCUACAUUGGCCACUACAAUCUACUGGAUUACUUUGCCUUAGUAGAAAAUGAAUCAAGGGCUAGAACAAAGUUUAACCUUUUAGAGGUAGUCUGUUGAAUUUUUUUGACUGAAACUUGUGUUUAUUUGUUAAAUAUUACCAGUUAUUUUUUUUAAUGUGGAUUGUUUGAAAGCUUAAUUAACUUGAAGUGUCUUUACUCAUCUCUUUUCCUCCUUGUGUGACUUUUCUAGAUGCCCUAUAAGCAGAGGUGUAUUAUUAAAUUAUUCUUUUUUGCACUUCAUACUGUAUGCACCUGCCUGUCACAUUGGCUGUUUCUUUUCAUCUAGAAAUAGGCAGCGUGCAAAAAGUAAAAAAUAGACUAUGGAAUAAAAAAAGAGGAGAAGACUUGUUCAGCCAACGUCUUAUUUUUAUGUCUUAUUUUAUAAUAGUUAUUCUGUGAAUUGAGAAAUUCUUCCUUAGGUGGUCAGCCUGGGUAAAAUUCAAGCCUAUGAAUUAUUGGAAGUUACUUUAUCACAAUUUGUUUAAGUGAUGUACUUACUUAGCAUAAUAACCUGCUUUACUGUAGAAAAUGCUGCAACCCUGUGGCACACCACCACACAGACCUGAUCAAGAUUAGCACAGCCAACCAUAUUUAAAGGUGAGCAUUGGCGUAUGUUUUCAUGUUCCAAAAAAAAUAACCUGAUGGUGUCCUGUAGGUGUAUUUAUGUUUUGUGCAAUUUCUCUUAUUGGAUUUCAAAGUUUGUGUAGUAGUGAGUGUAACAGAUGAGUCAUGGCAACAGUCCAAGAAGAAAAAUUGGAGGUUACUAAAAAUUUUAUUUGCAUGUUGCCCUUACAUUGCACAAAUGUGGUGGUCAUGAUAUAGAGACCUUUGAUUCUAAGACGAAGACAACUAUGAGAUUUUCUCAAUACUAUGUAGUGCUUGCGCGUUAACCAGUGUCAUUUUGGAGAGAAAAUGCAAAUAGCUGUCAUCAUUCUACUUACUGCGAGUUUUAACGAAACUGUUGUAGUGGCAGAAAUAAUAAUUUUAUCAAUGGUUAGAAGUUCUAUCAUUUUUCAAUCAGGAGAGAACUUUCCCUCCUUCAAUAAAAAUAAAAGUGCUAACUUUUUUUGUGAAUAAAAAAUUAAUACAAUUAUAAAACUUUUCGAGGUGCGAAAAAACUUUCAUGUAAUCUCGGCCUUGUAGUCUUCCUGGUUCUUGAAUCUAAAGGCCUGUAAUGCUUGGAGCACUGAUAACAAAUUUUCAUCGUUCAAAAAACAUUUACAAGUUUUUGAGUGUGAUGACGAGAUAAAAUUACGGCACAUCAAGAAACAGAGUUUCUAUUGGAUUAUUAAAGUUCUUUAAUUUUUUUACUAAAAAAAUCUCUUAAAAUGUGGACAGUCAUUCACCUAGUCUCUUUUCUUCACACCUUGGCCAUUUUACACCUCCAGUUGUGUGUACAGCCGUUUUUUUCUUUUUUACGUUUCAUUGGAUGGACUAAGAAAAAAAAAGGCUGCUGUAGCCUGCUGUAGAUAUAAUUUGUGAGCAUAGAGACAGAGCCUUAAGUUGUUUCUCUGAGAAUCCACAUAACUGUUUGCAUGGCAUAAGAGCGAGGGAGUAUUUUGAAAAAACAACAAUCGAGUCUAUGUGUUGUAAUUAAGAAGCUUGUUUACGGCUUGAAAAAGUUUUGGAUUCUUUGCACAUGAGAACUUGGUCAUUUUAGUGGACAAAGAUUACCAGGAUAGGUUUUCUCUUGUUCUAAUCAUCAUUUUUUGUUUUGCCUUUUUUCCAGAUUCUGUUCAAUGUUUCGUCUUCGCCCUCACCAGAAUGUGUUUGAUUACGUAACCGUUCACGUUGCUAUGGACACAUAUUGUCACACCUGUGCGUAUCCAAAUGCCGCCUAGGCUCUUCCUGCAUUUUAGAUAGAAAGAGACAUCACUCUAAAAUACACCUUUAAGACUUCUUUUAAACGGUUUUCUAUUUGAAUGGUCUCAGUCUAAAAAGCUUUUCAUUUUGUCGUAGUUGAGCUUAAUAUGCAAUUUUUCUCAUAGCCUGUAAAGUCAUGUAAGCAAUUUUCUCUCAUAAUUAAAUAAAAUAUGACUUCAAAUGUGGACGUGGACUUUGGAUCCUGUCAAAUGACGAGUCAAACUGAACCGAACAUACGUUUUUGAACAAGAGAAACAGGAACCUGGAUUAAAAUUUAACGCCCCGGGUUAGCGAUAAUCGGCCUUUGAACAAAUGUGCCUCUUUAAUAGAACCAUAGGACCAUGGGCAUGAUUAACCUCCUCGUCAGGGUAUCACUUCUCAAUACCGCCCAUGACUGGGGCAUUACGAGCUGACUUACAAUUUUAGCAACCUUAUGCAGUACAAUAAGCAGCGUUUCUGGCAAGUACUGCUGAUUAGAAGUCUUGCAAGAGUUUGGAUCGUCUUGCAUGACCCACGGUAUAGAAUAUGAAGGGCUUUUAAUUAAAGUGUAAAAAUCCCAUCGAUUAACACCUUUUCAUUUCAGCCCGCGAGCGUUAAUUAAGCUUAUUCGCCACUUCACAGAGGUGUGAGAGUAGAUUUUUGCUCAGAAGCCUCAACAACACAUUUAUAGCGCAUACAGACAUCAGAGAAUACAUUUACUUGAC